UGCUGCUCUGCCUCCGUCCUGUCCACACUGACUCAGCUGUGCAUGCAGUUGGUCAGCCUCUGAGUGAGCACCGGCUGCAGGAGCAGUCCCUUCUAAAGGAGUGCUACCCUGAAACAGCUGCAGGUGCAACACUUGGAGUACACGCAUCCACAGAGCAGCUUCCUGAUUUUUCCAGUGGACAGAGUAUUCUCCUAGCUUUCGGGGCCAGUGUUGGAUACUGCAGCAUCAUUUGUUUUGGAGCAGCUCUAGCAGCCAUGAAGGUCCGGUGGAUUGGGGUUGAACCCGUGAGGCUGGGCCCUCCACACACAGCCUGUGGCCUGGUCUUCUCUUUGCUGCUUGGUGCGUGGUCUGCUCAGGCCCUUGAGAUGUCUGUCGGGAAAAUUCCCUUCCUUCAGGCAGUGAAUGGGAGCACAGUUACUUUGCCGUGCACCUAUGCCAGCUGUAUUGGCAUUGAAAAUCUCUACUUCAACUGGCAAUUCAAUGACAACGGCACUAUGCAAAAGAUCUGUGAGUCAGUGAUACCUUCAGAGGGGGUGGUGCCAGAUGUGACUAUAUUCCGGGAGCGUGUGGAGUUUGUGGGGAAAAACCAUCAUAAUAACGUCUCCAUCUUGUUGUUGAACAUCACCUUUGAGGAUGGGGGACAGUACACGUGUUUUGGACGCAAUCCCAAAGAGCACCACAAGAACCAUAGUGCCAUCUUCAACCUCAUAGUGGUUGACGAGUUGAGGGAGGUGGACAACACGCUGACCAUCAUCAUAGCUUCGGCUGUGGGUGGGGCAAUUGCACUGCUGAUGGGCUUCAUGCUGCUCAAGAACUUCACUCUCUUUGUUCUCACCAAGCUUGAGGAGAAGAAUAAGGAGUGCCUUGUAACUUCAUCAGGGAUUGACAACACAGAAAAUGGCCUCUCAGGAUCCAAAGCAGAUUCAAAACCAACACCAAAAAAGAAAUGAGACAGUGCAUGUAAAAACAAGUGUAUAUAAAUAUGCCAGUGCUCAUAUUUAUAUACCAUCUCUGGAUAUUUGUAUAUGCUCAUGUGUUUGCGCACAUGCAAAUUCAUUAUGUUCAAGUUAAAAGCUUAACUCUGGUUGUGGCCUUCAGAGAGGGAAAUUAUAUCAAAUGUGUAAAGAGAAGUAACUGUCCAGAUGAUGUACAACAAUAUUAUUUAAAAUGUGCACAUCAUUUUUGCAUAACUGCAUAAUUUACAUAAACAGUAGCAGAUUAGAAAUUAGAUGAAACUUUAUUAAUCCCUCGGGUGGGUUC